GCAAGCAAGCUACAGUAGCCCGCAAGUCUGUUUGCCCAGAAUAAUAGACCAAACCAAUCUAGCUAGGCCAAGUGGGUGGUGAACUAGCCAGAGGUUGCAUACAGGAGCUCGUAGCAACAGAAUGCUGGGAGCUUGCUCCUGCGUGUUCGUGCUGCUCGUCGUAAUAACCUGCAUAUACCUCUUCCAGAGGUUAAGGCGAAAGGGCAACAUCUUUAGCAGUACAUCCCCAUCGGUGACGACGGUGCAGCUCCCGCCCGGGCCAUCGUCAUGGCCGGUGGUGGGUAACCUGCCGGAGAUGAUGUUCCACAAGCCGGUGUUCCGGUGGAUUCAUCUCCUGAUGAAGGAGAUGGGCACCGACAUCGCCUGCUUCCGACUUGGCGGCGUCCAUGUCAUCCCGAUCACCUGCCCCAAGAUCGCGAGGGAGGUGCUCAAGACGCAGGACGCAAACUUCGCAUCCCACCCUCUCAGCUUCGCCUCCGGCGCCGUCAGCCGCGGCUACACGGACGCAGUACUCUCGCCGUUCGGUGACCAGUGGAAGAAGAUGCGCCGGGUGCUCACCUCCGAGAUCGUCUGCCCUUCCCGUCACAGGUGGCUCCACGACAAGCGCGCCGACGAGGCCGACAACUUCACACGCUACGUCUACAGCCUCACCGGCACCUCCGGCAACAACGUGGACGUCAGGCACGUCGCGCGGCACUACUGCGGCAAUGUCAUCCGCCGGCUUGUCUUCGGCAGCCGGUACUUCGGGGAGCCUCAGCCAGAUGGCGGGCCAGGGCCGCUCGAGGUGGAGCACAUGGACGCCACCUUCACCUCCCUGGGCCUCCUCUACUCCUUCUGCGUCAGCGACUACCUCCCCUGGUUGCUUGGCCUUGACCUUGACGGCCACGAGAAGAUGGUCAAGGAGGCCAACGCGAGGGUGAAUAGACUGCACGACGCGGUCAUCCAAGAGCGGUGGACUGCCUCGCGGAACGUCGGCGAGAGGCAGGAGGAGCACGAGGACUUCCUUGACGUUCUCAUCUCGCUCAAAGACGGCGAUGGCAACCCUUUGCUCACCAUCGACGAGAUCAAAGCACUCUGCAUGGACAUGACUUUAGCGGGCACAGACAACCCGUCCAAUGCCGUGGAGUGGGCGCUCGCGGAGAUGGUGAAUAGCCCGGAGUUGCUAGCCAAGGCGGUGGAGGAGAUAGAUCGGACAGUCGGCCGGGAGCGACUGGUGCAGGAGUCGGACCUUCCACAACUUAACUACGUCAAAGCGUGCAUACGAGAAGCGUUCCGUUUGCACCCCAUCGCUCCCUUCAACGUGCCACACGUCGCAAUCGCUGACGCCAUUGUUGCAGGCUACCGCGUGCCCAAGGACAGCCAUGUUCUCCUAAGCCGUGUUGGCCUAGGCCAGAACGAGACUGUCUGGGAUGAGCCGCUUCGCUUCAAGCCAGAGCGCCACAUGGGAGAUGGCAUUGACGUCAUGCUCACCGAGAACGAGUUGCGAUUCAUCUCAUUUAGCACCGGCCGCCGUGGAUGCAUGGCGGCUUCUCUAGGCACGUCCAUGUGCCUCAUGCUCUUUACCAGGCUAGUGCAAGGCUUCACCUUGACCAAGCCGGCAGGGGUGGCGAUCCUCCAUCUCAGAGAAUCCAAGGAUAACCUUCUUAUGGCCAAGCCGCUAGUACUACAUGGUGAGGCCCGCCUGCCGGCUCACCUCUACCAUAUGAUGUGACACCAUUGAUUCAAUUGAUAUCACUUCAAAUAACAAGAGAGUGAGCAUUUAUUUUCUAUGUUUUUCAA